CCUUCCCUUCUUCCCUCACCCCCUUCCAUGUCUCCUUCCUCAAGGCUUCUUCAUACUCUCUCUCUCUCUCUCAAGACUGCUGCCUCCUCCUUUCGACAUCUUCAUCCCAAAGGGUAUCCAAAUCUGUUACGGGGCAGGAUUAUUUCAGAUGUUCUGUCCAUCUCUUAGCUCAUCUGUUCGAAUCCUAAUCGACUGAGAAGAAGAAGAAGAAGAAGAAGAAGAAGUGGGGGGUUCGGGGGCAGACAGAUUUAUGGGCAGAAAGGUCAUCUGUUAUGUCCUAAUCCUGGUACUGGAUCUGCUCAUCAGUUCAGCUUCAUGUUCAAGACUUCCCAAAUCCAGACGAGUCUCCAAAGAAGAGCAGUCACAGAAGCAGGAGAUCACCUACCCGAUCACCACCGUGCCCACGAUUAUCCCGGCCCCGUUCGCCACCUCCACCUCCCCCGUCAUAAACCCAACGUCGGACCCCGACUCAGUCGUGACCCCGAGCAUCCCCGUUGCCAUUACUUCCCCGCCCCCUUCGUUGAGCUCCAGCUGGUGUAUCGCGAGCCCCAGCUCCUCCCAGAUUGCCCUGCAGGUUGCCCUGGACUACGCCUGCGGGUAUGGCGGGGCUGACUGCUCGGGGAUCCAGUCUAAUGGCAAGUGUUACUACCCCAACUCAGUGCGCGACCAUGCCUCGUACGCGUUCAACCAGUACUACCAGAAGAACCCCCUCCCCACGAGCUGCAACUUUGCUGGGACUGCCGUGGUCACUAACACCGACCCAAGUACGGGGUCAUGUCAAUAUCCAUCCACGAGCACAAGCUCAUCAAUCUUAAACACCACAAACGCAAGUGGAGCCCCGGUGUUUGGUGCUGUCCCUUCGGGCCCUACAACCUCAGCAGCCGCAAGAUCACGGGACACUCCUACUCGCAUCUGGAGGAGCUUGGUCAUGUCGUCUGUACUGUUACUGGCUCGUAUCUGCAUCUGAAAUAUAUACUCGUUCGGUUUAAAAUAUGACACAGUCACUCGUUCUGAACUGAUUUACUUAGCUGACACAACGAGUGGGAAGCAAUGACAGAGAAAGAUCUAGCUCGGAUCGAAAACACCAAAGGCGCUCGUGGAUUGGCAGAGUGUGAGUGGGAUGAUGACUUGACGUUAGGUUAUUAUGAUUGAUGAUAUGUUGUGGGUUGAUUUUGUAAAGAGGACGGGUAUGGUCUGAUCUGUGGUUUUGUGGUGAUGAGUCUUGAGAUUGUUCAUACUUAUACAGUGGGCACAAAUGAUCAUUACAUAUUUGAAAA